AGUCCCUUGGGCUGGAGCUGGGCUUCAGUGCUUGAGAAAGAGGGUUGGAGGAGACUGCAGCUGCUGUCAUGUGUGAGGAGAUAAAGGCAGUGGUGCAGAAACACAGCCAGAGCCCCAGGCACAGCAAAGACGAUCUGAACAGGCUCAACCAGGCCAUCCAGCAGCUGACGGUGGAGGUGGAUGGCACCAAGGGUCAGCCUUGUGAACCAGAAAGAUCCAGGGGCCUCGCAGCUCUGAAAGCAGAGGGGCCCUCGUGCAGUGCUAAGGACAAGCUGGAUUGGCUGGAUGCAGCUCUGCAGCGGGCCAAGCAGGGUGUGGCACGACAGCUGCAAGAGUACCAGGAGCUCAUGACCGUCAAGCUGGGCCUGGAUGUUGAGAUCGCCACCUACCACAAGCUGCUGGAGGAGGGCAGGCUUGAAAUGGGAUUGGCAGCUAGGAGUGUGGGUAAGGACACAGUUGAAGCUUGAGCAGAGUGCUCAGAUCUUACA